AGUCCUGAAGGCAACAAGUAAAGUUAAGGUCGACGGGAGGAGAAAAGAGGAGCAGCAGAAGGAGGAGUGAUUAUAAACGACUGAAGUUAGUCUGAAACUUCGACACAUCGUCGUCUUCUGCCGUUAUCGCAAGAUUUUAAGGACUUCUUCACACAGGAAAUUGAUUCUCAUCAACCAUGGCUGUAGAAGGGGGCAUGAAAUGUGUCAAGUUUCUACUGUUCUUUUUCAACUUCAUUUUCUGGUUAUGUGGCCUGGCAUUGAUUGUCGUGGGAAUCCUGGUUCAGGUGUCUCUGACCAAGACCUUCAUGAUCAAUGAUGUAUCGACCUCAGGAGCUCCUAUUGUGGUCAUCAUUGUCGGUGCGGUGAUUUUCUUCAUUGCCUUCUUUGGCUGCUGCGGAGCCUGGCAAGAAAACUACUGCAUGGUCACCACGUUUGCCAUCCUUCUGUCGCUGAUCUGCAUUGUUGAGAUUGCAGCAGCAAUCACUGGUUAUGUCUACAGAAAGAAGGUCUCCGCUGUCGUCCAGGAUAGCCUCACUGAAAUGAUUACCAAUUACAAAAAUGGAACAGAUAAAUUCAGACUCUCUGUGGAUAAGCUGCAGGAGGAUUUGAAAUGCUGCGGUGUGAACAGCUCUGCUGACUGGAGAAACUUUGCCCCUGAUGGAAACACAGUGCCUGACUCAUGCUGCAGAAAUGUCACUGCAAACUGUGGAGUAGGAGCCAUGAUGGACGCUGCCAAAGUGUACACAGAAGGUUGUCGUGGCAUUGUGGAAGAACUCCUGCAGAAAAACAUCCUGUGGGUGAUCGUUGCAGCUCUUGUUAUUGCCUUCCUGCAGAUAAUGGGCAUCGUGUUUGCCUGCUGCUUGAUGAGAGGCAUCCGCAGCGGCUAUGAAGUCAUGUGAUUCACACCUGAGUAGGAGUUGACUGUUCAGGUCACACUUCCAGGGAGGUUUAUUUGGAGUCUUGUAAUAUGUUCAUCUUAUAUUUCCCAUACAAUGCACAGAACAAUAUAUUUUUUCCCAUUUACUGAUUUUAGAGUUUUUUCAUAGGUUAUUAUCUCUGCUUUAAUACUGGAAUUGCAUAGAAAUGGAAAAUAGUAGAAAAGAUUUAUGUUCAGCAAGCUGUUAGUGUCUGUAUGUUCUUGGUUAUGGGAAAUUUCGUUUCAAAUAGUCAGACCUUUCUCCCGCGGUGGAGAAUGGUCUGGCUGCACGUUCAUUAUUCUGCCAUCGGUUGAGAAAACGCUCUGACUCAUAUGUACUUCUUUAAAGCAAUCACAAUUUACUUGGGCAGUACUAAGCCCAGCAUGCAGCUACUGCAAAAUAGCAACAGGGGAAUAAUUUUGUUGGAACAUUUGCAGACAGGAAGGUGAGCACUGUCUAUGAAUUGGGAAGUUUGUUGAAAAAAAGCAAACAGGGCUCUUUCCUGCAGUCCAAAUCUUCAGCAACACUUUUCAACAAGGCGGUUGCUAUCUUCAAGGUUUUUGUUUCCCAGAGCAAAGGCGAUUUUAAAAACAGUUACAUGCGGAAGGAGAGGAGAAAGUCACUCGAGAUGCAUGAAGGAAACAGCAGGCUUAUACUCGAGGUGUAGAUCCAGUGAAUCUGACUACAGGGAAUUCUGACAUCUCUGUUUUUGUGCUUGUUCUGUUCCAGACCUAAACUGUUUUGGUGUUGACUUUUUAUGUUUUUUGCUGGUUUGCAGUUUCUGUUUUUAAUAAAGACUUUAAAUUA